AUGCAGCUCCUCUCUGCCGCCACGUCGGCCGUCUUGCUCUCCGCACUCCAUGUCCAUGCUUUGCCUCGAGACGAGCCCCAGCGACCUCUCCUUCGACCUUCACCUGUGAGGCCCGCCAACUCCAUCGAAACAGGAGUCGGCCACUUCAGUGAAUGGUCCCGCGCUACAAAGAAGGACUUCCUCAUCGACUGGCAGGCCGGUCGCUCUUCGAAAUGGAUCAUCGUUCAAGGCAACGAGGGUGGCGACUUGGACAGCAUGACCGCCGCUCUCACCUGGGCUUACCACCUUGAACAUUCGACGCAGAAUACGACCCAUCCUAUCCGUGCGAUUGCCUUGUUGCAGACUCCUACGGAUGCGUUGGAUCUGAGACCGGAAAACAAGUUGGCGUUGAAGAAUAGUCUGAUGAGUACGGGCCAUUCUGACCUCCUGACCAUCGAUGAACUACCCGAGAGCCCCGAGACAUUAUCGAAAGACAUCAAAGGGAUCGUGAUUGUCGACCAUCCCUCUCCGCUGCGGAAAUGGCAAGGUGCUCCGAUUUUGAGCAUUUUCGACCAUCAUCUAGACGCAGGCUACGGAAAGGAUGCGAAGCCGAGGGUCUUUGAGAAAGUGGCGAGCUGUACUUCUCUUGUUGCAAGGCAAAUGAUGGAUGAACUGGAGGCUCUGCCGGAAGAGUAUCACCUGCCCCAUGAAUUGCUGGAACAGAUCCUUGGUGCGAUCGCGAUCGAUUCGGGUGGACUGGAAGAUGCCACGGAAGAAGACAGGAAGAUUGCCGAGAGGAUUCUGGAGAGGAGUAACUGGCAUGGAGCCGACUUGGAUGAGAAGAUGGAAGAAUUAGACGAUGAGCUGAGCGAAGCGAAGAAGGACCUUGAUGAUCUGACCGUGCGAGAUUUGCUUCGCCGGGACUGGAAGGGCGAUUUCGUGGACACGCAGUCUGUGCGGACGCCGACUGUGAGCCUCGGAUUUUCUUCCAUCCCCUUCUCCCUGGACGAGCAGAUCGAGAAGACAGAGUUUGAAGCUCUGUUCGACUGGUUCGCGGUCGAAGCCGCGUGGACGGCGCAGGAGGAAACGGACGUCUCCGUUGCCCUGAACAAGUACAAGGUCAAAGACCCCAAGACCAUGAAGAAACGCAAGGUCCGCGAGAUCGUCCUGGUCGUGCGGAGUGACGUGCGAAUCGAUCCGGUUCAAGCAGACAGCCUCUUCAAGACUGUGAGCGAAGCGAUUGAGCAAGAGCCGACUUUGAAAGCCAAGCCAUGGCAUCGUGCCGAUGAGUUGGGGAAGAGGCAAAUGGUAUGGGUGCAUGAGAGGAAAAGUGCGGGAAGGAAAGUCAUACGGCCGAUUAUUGAAAAGGCUGUCAGAGAGUGGAAUACAGUAUAG